AAAUUUUUAGCGGCUGUUUUAAAUUUUGAGGGAGAGAUCGCGAAGAGAAUUGUCAAUUGUUUGUAACGUAAGAUCCAAAGUGUUUUUCAUAAUGGAGGCGACCUCUGUCGUUAGGUCAGUGGUUUUAGCAGCCAAUCAAUACAGCAGGAAUCAGAGUGAUGCGAAUCUAGCUCAUCUACAAAGCAGAUUGGAUGUGUUGAUUGGAAUCACAUCCAGAGACAAGUCUUUGAGUUACUUUUGUCCUCGCCAGCUCCUGCCCAGCGAAUGCUUGACCUGUCUCGUUGACCUGGUCAAUGACCCUGUGACCCCGCUUGACCUCGCUCUCAAGACCAUGGUCUUGCUCUUCAAUCUAGCUGCGGAUUGUGAUGUCAGGGAAACACUUCAAGUGACCUUUAACCUCCCAGCAUCCCUUGCACUGUUCCUGAAAGUUCAGCGGGGUUCACCGAAUGAGACAGUCAUUGGACAAUGUGUCCAGCUUCUACAGAGAGUGACAUACAACUACAGGAUUAUCUACCCUAACAAUUAUGUGGAGGAUUUGAUCCAGUUUUUACUAACACAGAUUCUUGGUCCAGAAUCAGACCUAGUGAUGCCUUGUUUGGGUCUUCUUGCGAACUUGUGCAGACAGAAUGUUUCUAUUCAGGCCCAUAUCAAAGCCAUGAAUAAUCUGAAAUCAAUCAGUAAGACGCUGAUUAGAUUCUUAUCUCACAGCAGCCGGACAAACAUCAUCUUCUCUCUCUCCAUCCUAACCAGUCUGUGUCUUAAUGAAGAACUUGGUGAUAAGCUCUUCAAUCCCCGUAACAUCAAUCAAACAUUUCAGCUAAUUUUUAACAUUCUGAUCAACGGUGAUGGCGUUGUGACGCGUCGCUACGCUGUUGACCUUCUGAUUGACCUUUUGAAGAGUCCCAGGAUACAACAGAGUCUUCUCUUGUUUGAGCAUUUUCAGCUGUGUUUACACAAGGUCUUGGGUUUAUUACCAACACAAGAUGAAGAAUCAGUUUGUAAGCUUUUUGAGUUGAUGUUGACGUUCUGCAGUGUGUCGGGACUCCGCCCAACGAUCUGCCGUAGCAUCAUGUCAUCGACCAAUCAGGGAAUGGACCAAUCAGAAGCCUUCUUUGCCGUGGUCAAGUGGGCCUCACGUCCGGUCCAGAGUAAUAAUACAGUCUCGCUGCUAGCCCUGGAUCUACUACGAGAGGUGUAUGAGGAGAUGUUGGAUUCGGGUCUUGUGACCCAGCUGUCUCCGCGUACCGAUGUCACUAUCCCCAUGGCAACGGGAUUAAUCCUCCCUCUGGAUGAGCUAGAGGGUCCGUUCACCAAACAUAAACUCACCAAGAUCUCAAGGGUUAUGUGUCUUCUUAUGACUCUGAGCUGUGACGAGGGAACGAGGUCAGAGUUGAGUCGGGUCAUGAACUUUGACCCCUGUCUGUCCAUCGUAGAAUACCAGCUUGAUAACAACCAGGUCGCUGUAAGUAAGACGAGGGUCAUCAACGAUGAUUGUGAUUGGAGUGACGCGGGCGUUGGAGCCAUUCUGCAUAUAGUCGAUCUGAUGGUGACGUUGCAAUCAAAUGUACCACAGCUCAAGACUACACUGAUACAACUACUUCAGGAUCAUCGGUUGGUUCCCUUUAUGGCACAUGGUCUUAGUUCAAGGGACAGGGAGAGAGUCCAUGUUAGUCUCAGGCUCAUCAGGGCUGCUUCAACGCUUCAAGAAUUCCCCACGAUAAUUCUUGGUGAAUGCAUCGCCUCCAACAACUCCCACAAUAUCCAGACCUCACACCAGGACCAUCAGAUUGACUCAGCAGCACCCCAUAACCUCAACCAGUCACAAACCAACAACUAUGAGAUGUCCAUGAUGGCGGCCAACCUAGAGGUCACAAGGUCAAAGGUCACAAAGGCAGACAACGCUGGUUUGGAUAAGCUUAUUGAUAGAAUGCAGACAGGCUUGGAUCUGAAAGACGUCAAAGCAUCAGAGAUUAUGGAUGUAUAUGAGCACAAACUCUCAGCACUUGCUACAAAAGAAAGUCACCUACAAGAUCUCCUGGAAGCGAAAGCAUUGGCGCUAGCCCAAGCAGACAGGCUGCUAGCUCAGUAUAGGUGCAGGAAAGCUCAGGCAGACAAUGAGGCCCGGAAGCUUCGUUCCAUGAUCCAAGAAUCAGAGAAGAGAAGUGAGGAAUAUCGAGAUGAGCUCAGCGAGAAGACUGUCGAGAAAGAGAGGAUGGUGGGCGAGAUGAAAGCCAUGAUGGCUCAGAUUGAGAGACUGGAGGCGGUUGCUAGGGAACACGAGAGGUUAACAGCCGCCCAUGCUGACCUGGGUCAAAGGUUAGAGAGUUUGAAAGAGACUCUGGAGUCCGAGAAGAAAGAGAGAGCUAGUCUCUUGGAGCUACAUGAAAUGCUUACUAAGCACAGCGAAGCGUUGAAGAACAAACAUGAAACAACGCUUGGACAGCUCGAAGACCUCGAGAGCCAGCACAAGAAUACGAUAAAGCAGCUCCACCUGACGGAGGGUCGGCUUGGUGAGGUCCAGGAAGAGCUGAAAGAUACGGAGAGAACGUUGAGGAAGACGGAGCGGGAGAGGGAAGAACUAGAAGGGGCCAUCGACAAACUGAGAGGCGAGCUGGCGAAGGCCGAACAGGCCAAGAAGAAACUAUCGCAGCAGGUGUCGAAGCUUGAGACGGAUUGCCGGCAGCAGAAGAGCACCGUCCGGGAGAAGGACGCCCUCAUCAGUCAGCAGAAGGAAGAACUGAAUAAACAGCAGCAAUUGACCCUGAUGAUACACAGUUUAACCAGUAAACAACAAGAAAAAUAAUAGAUCAUCAAACAAAGGCUCCCUCGGGCCAUAUUGUAUUGAAAUUUGCCCAUUCUUCCCACCUUAGCUAUACACAUGACUUACAAGUAUAAGGUGUAUGAGGGUUUAUUGGUUACUGCCAAGUAUUUCAUGAAAAGUCCUGUUGGUGAUUUUUACUGACUAGUUUGCUCUCUGCCAAUCAGAUGCAAGGAUUUCAGUAGCUUAUAACAAUAGUUGGUGAAAAUCACUGACUAUUUGUUUCAUGAAAUGGUUCCCUGAAGGUCUCGGGAGGACUGACAUCGGGCCACUUCAUGGCCUAUUCAAAUUAUGGUUCAAGUCCAUUCCUGUGUGCUCAUAAAGCGGUAUGCCUAUGCCAUUAACGUGGUGCGAGUUGAAGGCCAUUGUUUCCCGGACUGAGUCUUCAUACAUUAAUAAUAAUAAUAGGCAUUUAUAUAGUGCCAUCUAUCUAGAAAUAUUCUAUUCCGAGGCGCAUUGUUAUUAUUAUUAUUAUUACCCCGGCUUUCGCUCCAGCUGCCUUUCAGCGCUCAGUGCAUUCAAGGAAAUAAUCCUGCCGGGUACCCAUUAGCCUCACCUGGGUCGAGUGCAGCACAGUGUGGAUAAAUUUCUUGCUGAAGGAAAUUACGCCAUGGCUGGGAUUCGAACCCACGACCCUCUGUUUCAGAGUCAGAAGACUAAUCCACUUGGCCACAACGCUCCACAUACAUUGCUUGUUGCUAUGUCAGAGAUGGCUCUCCAUAAUUAUACUUUUUCUUGGGAUGAAUUAUACAGAGAGGGAUGAGGAUCGACAGAAGAAUGAAGGAGCUGGGAAAAGAGAGGGAGACGAAGAGAGAGUAGUGAGAGAAUAAUUUUAUACAUAGAUAUAAUGCUAAUUGUAAUAUAUUUAUUUAUCUGUUAUAUAUAAUGUUAAUAUCGAAACGUCUUGUCCACUGUACAUAAUAUUCAGUGUAAAAAGCAAGAAACCAAGGGCCUGUAACACAAAGCUUAGCUAUCAUCGUAGAACAUUUUUUAACAAUUGAUUGCAUUGACAACAAUGUACAAACAAUCUUAAAAAUCAAGCUUACGAUUAAUCGCUAACCAUUGUGAUAUGGGACCCUCAUCACACGUAACCACUUUUCUACUUGUAAUGGGUGGUUGUUCUAAGAAUGUGGGAAAAAACAAAACUCAGCAGUUAGCGGGUUAGAUAUACCUUUCGUGAAUUACUUUUGGCUUAUCUGACACCCUAAUCGUAUCUCAUAUUACCACUUAAUACCCCGCUUAAGAUUUUUUUCAACGCAUAGAAGGAGGGGGGGGAGACAGACAAUAAAAAGAAAGAAGUGUGGAAAUGGGAUAUAUAAAUAUCUGAAGAUAAAUGAAUUGAAUUGAAUUGAAUGGAGAUGGUUUUACAAUAUACCCUUUUCUAAUUUACAAAAUAAUCUUGAUUCAUCUUAGUACCUGAGUUGACACCUGGGUCCCGUCUUACAAAGAGUUGUGAUUGAUCCAAUCAGCCUGAACUAUAUGAAAAUCCGUCAUUGUCAUCAUUUUUCCACCACGAAAUUUGCACAAUGUCCUUUGUAAACAAAGAGGAAGCACACUGAAUUAUCAAGAAAAAGAGUAAUGUUUGAGUAUAUAUCAUAUCUAGAAAACAUAUUGAACAAAAAUGCAUUUUUGAUGUUGGUGUAGCUGGCUUUCCAAAGUCGUGGUUGAUCGGAUCAAUCACAACUCUUUGUAAGACGGGGCCCGGAUGUGAAGUUUGGCGCUUGAUAAAGGAGAUUUGUUUCAGAUGGAUUAUAACAGCGAGUGGUUUAUGAUGAGGAUAAAAGGGAUAUAGUCAAGGUUAGUACCACAAAGUCACAAGGCCGGUGGAGAAAAGCGCCUCCCAUAGAAUUUGUACGUUUGACCCGGGCCAAGGCCGUCAAACUGUGGUCUCGAGGACGGCCUUGAAUACUUGCCUGGAGGAUUAACACCAUAGCAUUCACCAGGUCCAUGAUGAUGAUUCCAAUACUAGUCUUGUCUCUCAGACCUGAUAUCGUUACAGUGCCAUAUCCCCUCCCCCACCACUCACACUGCCUGACCAAGAUACUCAUCACCACUUCAAGGCGAACAUGAUUUUUGUAUUUUGAUUUUUAGAAUUUAAUUUGUGAAUUUCAUUUGUAUAUAAUACUUUUUCAUAUUCUAAUUGUAUUAUAAAGGAAUAAAGCUUAUUUCAAUGUGA